AUGGCUGGUAAGCAUUGGCAGCAGACGUCGCGCGUGGCAUCACCCAUGAUCACCACGACAGCCCCUCCGUUGAGUUGUCAAAUCAUUAAUACAGUCGCAGAUGAACCUCGACGUUCAGGUCGCGCCACCAAGGGCCAACAUACCAAAGAUCGCGAUCCGAAUGAAGACGCGCCCACGCCUGCGACCAAGAAGAAGGGCAAGGGAAAGGGCUCCAAAGCCAAGCAAGUGGAGGAGGAGGUUGAAGAGGAGGCCGAGGAAAUUAUCCGCUGUGUCUGCGGCAAGUAUGAAGAGGAGGAAGAUGUCCCUCGAGCUAUGAUUUGCUGUGAUAAUUGUUCCGCGUGGCAACACAACGGAUGCAUGGGCCUUCCGGAAGACUACGAGGUCGAUACCUACUUCUGCGAACAAUGCAAGCCUGAGACGCACAAGGAACUUUUGGCGGCGAUUGCACGCGGUGAGAAGCCUUGGGAAGCAGCAGAAGACACUAAGAAAGGGGAGAGAGGCAAGAAGAAAGGUGGUCGCAAAGGCCGAAAGUCUGGGGGCGCAAGAGCGUCAGACGUCGCAGCGCCAGCUUCGUCGCAGGAGCCCCAGGAGUCCCAGGAGCCAGAGAAGCCAAAGGAACCUACACCGCAACCAGCCCCAGUCACGGGGCAGAAGCGCAAGUUGGAGGAGUUGCCUCCUACACCAGAGGUCAAGAAUAAGAAAGUCCGAGGCACACCUGCAGCAGACACAAAUGGAGCGAAGUCUACGACGCCGGUUGAGCGCAAGCCUAGCCAGUCCACGACUCCUUCAAGGCAAGGCUCCAAAUCCGAGCAGAGUAUUGGCCCCGCCAUUGUGUCCGAUCUCAAGGAAUUGACCAAUGCAUCGAGAAAGGGAGCGGCACAAAGUUUGAUGAAGCUCAUCGAGCAGCAAAUUAAAGAGCUUGUGAAGCAAGGGGAGUACGCUGUACCAACUCAUUCUACCGCCCAAGACAUUGCCAGCCAGACUGGUCUGCGCAUCGAACACGCCUUGUAUCACAUUCAAGCCAGUGGUAGUGGUGAACCCAACGAUGCCUACAAACAACAAUUACGUGCUAUUACCUUCAACGUCAAGAAGAACCAUGCCCUAGGCGUGAAACUGCUUCAGGGCGAUCUCACACCGCACAAACUGGCAAGCAUGGAUCCCAAAGACAUGGCUAGUGAAGAACAGAAACGCAAGGAUGCAGCAACGAUGAAAGAGAUGGAGAAACAACAUACAAUCAUUGAACAGGAGGGUCCAAGAAUCAGACGAACACACAAAGGCGAAGAAUAUGUGGAUGAAUCAAGACAGGUUGCGGCAGAAUCAGUCACAUCCAAUGCGCCGGUUCGAAAAUCAAGCAUGGCUGAACAAGAUGGAGACGCAAAGAGCCCAGAACUGGCAAUCAAAAGCCCUUCUCAGGCAUCCAGACCAUCAGUUGACACCGCCCGACGACAGUCGUCGGCCAAUUUCGAUAUUGACAAAGUAUGGUCAAACGUUGCCAAUUCGCCUACAGGUGGAGGUGAUGGAGAAGGACCACGAUUCGGCGAGCUCCCACUUCAACAGUCACCAGUGGUUUCUGCUCGCGAUCCGAGUGGCCCAGGCACCAAGACUGAUGCUGAUAUUGACGAACUUCUCAAGGAUGAGGAGGUCGAGUCACCCCCGUACUCACCUAAGGACACAACAGAAAGUGAUGGGACUGUAUGGCAGGGCGUCGUCAACGGUGGGAGCCUGGGCAAAUUUCACAUAUCUGCAAGACAUGCGGCUGGCGCAACACCCGACAGCGAUACAUUAAGGAUGACAUAUCACCAACUACUGCCAGAGACAAUCGUUAUUGCCGGACGUAUUCAGCCAUCCAAAGCGGAAGAGUACCUAUGUGGCUUGGAAUACAGCAACACCUCCGACCUUGUCAUUGUGUACAUGCCCGAGCCUCCGAAAACCACACCAGAUCAGGUCCAGUUCGACAAGUUCUUCCGUUACUUCAAGUCGAAGGAUCGUUUCGGCGUCGGAAAUCCACAUCCCAUACCGGCUGUCAAGGACCUCUACCUCAUCCCUCUUGAAGCAGGUCAAGAACUUCCCACAUUUGUCAAGAAGCUUGAAACGGAUUUUCCCGACCCAACGAACGAACGCAUGCUACUGAUUCCAAUUGUAAUCAAGAACAGCGAGCUCCCACACAACGUAUCCACUUCGUCUGUGGCUAGUCCAGGGGGUGGGCCAGUUGCGCAAACUCCCAUGACACCCCUCGACGGUACUUUCGAGACUCAGCAAUCAUCUGUGUAUAGCCAAUCGCCAGCUCCAGGCCAUUAUGCUAUGAACGGCACGCCCCAAUUGCCUCAUGUGCAAUCCAACUCUGCCACGCCGCAUCCUUACCCAACUCCAGGCCUGCCAGCACAAUAUCCUCCACAACCACAAUUCAAUCCUCUCCCUCCGCAGCAACAACUGCCUCCGUCCCCUGCGGUGCUGAAUGCUCAACGAGUUCUCGGUCCGUUAGCAACAGCCCCUGCGGUCGUACAGCUGUGCGCACAAGUCCCAACAGCGGGUGAACAUGAGUUUGGCGUGAUCAAAGAAAUUCUCGAGAAAAACCCCGAAGCGGCCAACAGCCUGGAGGUGCUGACGGGAAUGCUGCAGCAUUUCUCAGCUGCUUCGAAAUGA